ACUAUCCCUAUCUACAUCAUCAACCUCCGGACUUUACUACAUGUAUUGUGGAUCUAUUUUUGUCUGGACCUAAAAUAUCUUCAUUUUUUUUUAUCCACAGGAAAUCUUUGGGCUUGAUUUUGAUCUAGACCACUCAGUCAUCAUGCCUCUCCCAGCACCGGAUGAUUACUCGGCUGUUAAGGCUUUCUUCACAGCCAAAGAAUGGGCAGAGACCAGUGACUAUGAGAAGCUUCGUCUCAAGAACAUCAAAGAGAACUACGAGAUGAUGAUUGAAGUUGGGUUACAGGUUGGUCCUCCAGAGUUCAUGCGACCUCGGCGAGGAAGAAAGAAACAAAUCGUUGAGGAGAGUGACAGCGAGGACAAGGAAUGGAAACCUAAGAGAGCUAAAAAGAAAUCAAGAGGAUCUUUUCAUGCACCAUUCAAGGUCCAGCAGAAAGUUCCCAAACCAGUUCAUACAAAGAAGAAAAAAUCAUCUCAAGAGUGUGCAAAACCACACACUGUAACGUCAGGUACUGUGUAUGAUGAUGAUGGCAAUCCACUGGAUGAUUCCAAUCACAUCGGAGGAGAGCGGAUCAUCGAUCUUCUUGAAUGGAAGGACUAUGAUGAAGCUACUCAGACACAAACCAAUCCAACAUCAUCAGGUGAUCAGGGGCAUCCGUCAGGUGAUCUCAACGCUCAGUCAUGUGAUCAGAAGACUGAGGAAACCUUGACAGAAGCAUCUCCAGCAGGGGAGCGGACUUCCAAGCCAUCCCGAUCAUCCUGCAUGAAAGUUGGAGGGAAAGCUGGUGGAAAGGCCAAGUCUCUGUCAGAAAGGAGAAGAGCAAAAUCCCAUCCAUCGCCAAGACAAUCUAGGUAUCCUCGAAGAUCCGUGACUAGGAAGUGCUACAAAGAAGAUGAGGUUCCUGAUGAUGAUCAUUACAUCUAUUGUGAGGACUGUCAUGAGGUCUUUGAGGGUGAGUGCUCCAAACAUCCCCUCACCAUCAUCAAAGACAAUCCCAUCGCUAAAGGAUGUAAGGACAGAGCAAUAAAGACUCUACCAGAUGGUCUAAUGGUCAAGCAGUCAUCGAUACCAGGGGCUGGUCAGGGAGUCUUUGCGACCAAGUUCAUUCCUAAGGGAUAUCGGUUUGGCCCUUAUGAAGGUGACAUUGUAGACCUGGAAACCGGAUAUGAUAGUGGAUAUGCUUGGGAGAUCUGUACAGAAAGCAAAACUCACCACUACGUUGACAGUAACAGUGAGCUGACAGGCAACUGGAUGAGAUACAUCAACUGUGCACGCAAUGAGGGUGAACAGAACCUUGUAGCAUUUCAGUAUCUUGGUGAGAUCUACUAUCGUACCUUUAAACCGAUCUGUCCAGGAAGGGAGCUACUGGUCUACUAUGGGGAGCAGUAUGCUAAGGAUCUCGGUAUCCCAUCACAGCUCAAUAAACUCAGUGUAGAAACAGAUUCUGGAGUCUAUAGAUGUGAGUACUGUGGAUCACUCUAUGCUAUUCCUCUGGUCCUGGCAAGGCAUCUCAAGUACAAACAUGGUCAUCGUGGUGUCAUCCCUCCAGCAGGUGCACCCAAGGAGGACAUUCUACAGUUCAUCAAAGGAGAAAUACGAAAACCUGCUCUCAGUAGAGUGAUGAAGAUCAACACUAAUAUACUAAAUCAUGGUAGCAAGGCUGUGUCUAAUUCUAAGAUCAGAAAUUAUUGUAAAGCAGAGAUGAAAUGCUUUGAUGAAAAUAAGAUACCUAAACAUGACCUCUUUGCAGGUGAUGUUGAAAAUAUCAAAACAAAUAGGAACUCUGAUAUUUUUGAUAAAGAAUGUAAUGAAUUUCCAGAUAAUAACUCAGAAGGUAAAGAAAAUCAUGUCGGUGAAAUAUUGUGUACUAUUGAACACAAUCCCACAAAACAAAAACUAAUUCAUGAGAAGCCCUAUAUAUGUGAUCAAUGUGGUAAGGCAUUUAAUCAAGAUACAGAUCUCACAAGACAUAAACGAAUCCAUACAGGUGAGAAGCCCUAUGUAUGUGAUCAAUGUGGUAAGGCAUUUAAUCGUGAACAUCAUCUCACAACACAUAAACGAAUCCAUACAGGUGAGAAGCCCUAUGUGUGUGAUCAAUGUGGUAAGGCAUUUAGUGAUGGAAGUACUUUCAGGAAACAUAAACGAAUCCAUACAGGUGAGAAGCCCUUUGUAUGUGAUCAAUGUGGUAAGGCAUUUAAUCAAGAAAUUGAUCUCACAACACAUAAACGAAUCCAUACAGGUGAGAAGCCCUAUGUAUGUGAUCAAUGUGGUAAGGCAUUUAAUCAAGAAAUUCAUCUCACAACACAUAAACGAAUCCAUACAGGUGAGAAGCCCUUUGUAUGUGAUCAAUGUGGUAAGGCAUUUAAUCAAGAAAUUCAUCUCACAACACAUAAACGAAUCCAUACAGGUGAGAAGCCCUAUGUAUGUGAUCAAUGUGGUAAGGCAUUUAAUCAAGAAAUAAAUCUCACAACACAUAAACGAAUCCAUACAGGUGAGAAGCCCUAUGUAUGUGAUCAAUGUGGUAAGGCAUUUAAUCAUGAAUCUACUCUCACAAGACAUAAACGAAUCCAUACUGGUGAGAAGCCCUAUGUAUGUGAUCAAUGUGGUAAGGCAUUUAGCGAUGGAAGUUAUUACAGAAGACAUAAGCGAAAGUGUCUCGGUGCAAACACACAGUGCAAUAAGAAAACUGUGCAGUCAGAAAUGAACGUCAUACAAACCAAUGAAAUAUAACCCUUGUGUAUUAUGCAGUUUUCAAGACAUGAACCUCCUUAGGUAAUUACC